AUGUCGUCUCGCGUGGGAUUCCGCUUCCUUAACAACACUCGCUUUGCCUUCCGCAAUGCCACUGGUCCCUUCCGCCGGCAGGCCGGCCAGGGCUUCCGUUUCCAGAGCUCCGAGGCCGGCGCCGCGGAGCAGUCGAGCUUCUUCAAGCGCAUGUGGGACAGCCCUGUUGGCGUGAAGACUGUGCACUUCUGGGCUCCUAUGAUGAAGUGGGCUUUGGUCAUCGCCGGUAUCUCCGACUUCAACCGCCCGGCUGAGAAGCUGUCCCUUACCCAGAACGGUGCCUUGAUGGCUACUGGUGCCAUCUGGACCCGCUGGUGCUUGAUUAUCAAGCCCCGUAACGUCCUGCUUGCCGCUGUCAACUUCUUCCUCGGAUGCGUUGGUGUUGUCCAGGUCACCCGCAUUGUCCAGUACCGCCGCAGCCUCGAUGGCUCCGCUGAGGAGACCGUUGUCGAGUCCGCCAAGGGUGUCGUCUCUGCCGCCGAGGAGGCCGCUGAGGGUGCCGUGAAGGCUGUUGAGGAUAAGGUGUCUGAUAAGACCAACUAA